CGAUGUUAUCCUUUUUCAGAUGAAUGAUACGUAAUUUCACUUUCUAGUACAUUUUGGUUAUCGUUGGGUUGGAAGGAACGGUUGUCAUGACCGACAUUACUCGUCUGUCUCUCUGCAGACAGUGGCGGCAGACUGAAAUUAAUACGUUUUUGGUACAUGUAUCUAGUUAACUAGAGCCGGGGUACGGGAUGCAGGUUGGAUCAAUCAACUGAAAGAUUUUUUUUUUUUUACUCUUGCCGCAUCUCUAAAGUCAGCAAAACAAUGUCAUUUGCACCCUACAUUUUGUUAAGACAACAUGGUCGGCUAGCAGAGACCAUACCAUUAGCUAACGUUGGCCAACUGUCUGGCAGUGUUCCAGUAGAUUCGCAUUUAUUAUGUAGAAAACAAUGUUUGGAAUGUAGCCCAUCACAUGGGUGAAUGGUUUCUGACCUCAAACAAAUAUAGCGUGCUACUAUGUUGUAAACGGGGGUUGUUUUGCUGCUAGCUAGCUUUCUAGUCAAGCUAUACACCACAUUAGGUGCCUCACGCGCUGCAAUACUGUAGAUCUCUGCACUUUUGAAAGUGUUAACGGCCUCGGUGACCAAUAAGGAGUUACCAUUAUCUUUGGUAAGGGUAAUGUUUGAGGUGAUCAAACUGGAAGUGUGUGUCGCAGCUGGAUGCGGAGGGCUGGAGCGAGCGAGGAAUGGCGUCCUAGAUUUACCAGGAGACAUAUACUUGGAUUACGGAGGACGAAUGGAAGGGAAAAUAGAGGAAGAGUGGAUCUUGGUGCUGUCAUAUUCUCGGACUCACCUGAGAAAUGUCCACCCCGGACCCCCCCAUGGGAGGGACGCCUCGGCCGUGCCCCUCUCCAGGACCGGGGCCUUCUCCAGGAGCCAUGAUAGGACCCAGCCCAGGUCCCCCAGCCUCUGGGCACUCCCACCCAAAACAGGGGCCCUCAGUAUAUCCUCAGGAGAAUAUGCAUCAGAAGCACAAACCUAUGGAAGGCAUGCAUGAGAAGGGCAUGUCUGAUGACCCUCACUAUGGACCGAUGAAGAGCAUGGGCAUGAGACCAGGUGGAGGCCAUAUUGGGAUGGGACCCCCUCCUAGCCCCAUGGACCAACAUUCCCAAGGCUACCCCUCUCCAUUGGGGGGUUCUGAGCACUCUCCCAGCCCUGUGCCAGCCAACGGCCCUCCACCCUGCCCCAUGAUGCCCUCUGGCCCAGGUGUCCCCAUGGAGGGCGGUGAUCCCCAGGCCAUGUGCCAGCAGAACCUCGGUGAUGUCCUGAGUGGUGGUUCUGUUCCAGGUGGGGUUGGGCCAGGCAGUGUUGGGCCAAGUGGACCCACCCCCUUCAACCAAAACCAGCUACACCAGCUCAGGGCCCAGAUCAUGGCCUACAAGAUGCUGGAUGGCAGCCAGCCCCUGCCAGACCACCUGCAGAUGGCUGUGCAGGGCAAGAGGCCCAUGCCAGAGAUGCAGCAGCAGCCAGGGAUGUCCAACAUGCCCCCUUCCUCAGGGCCUGAGGCGGGGCCUGGACAGCCACCAGCAAACUACAACAGACCUCAUGGAAUGGUAGGCCCGAACAUGCCUCCUCCAGGACCCUCAGGUGUUCCCCCUGGUAUUCAGGGACAGCCCACCAAUGGACUCCCUAAACAAUGGUCCGAAGGGCCCAUGGUGAAUGCUGCUGCUCCAUCCAGUGCCCCCCAGAAGCUGAUUCCCCCUCAGCCCACUGGCAGACCCUCCCCUGCUCCCCCCUCCGUGCCCCCUGCUGCCUCCCCGGUCAUGUCCCCCCAGACCCAGUCCCCUGGGCAGCCCCCCCAGCCCCCACCCAUGGUGCUACACCAGAAACAGAACCGCAUCACGCCCAUCCAGAAGCCCCGUGGUCUGGACCCAGUGGAGAUCCUCCAGGAGAGAGAGUACAGGCUACAGGCUCGAGUGCUGAGGCGCGUAGCGAGUAAAAAUCGUCUGUCCUCCGUUGCAACACUCACUACCGAGUUUCAAACUGCCUCUGGAAGCAACGUCAGCACAAGAACUGUUCGUCGGGAGCUUCAUGAAAUGGGUUUCCAUGGCCGAGCAGACUCACACAAGCCUAAAAUCACCAUGCGCAAUGCUAAGCGUCGGCUGGAGUGGUGUAAAGCUCGCCGCCAUUGGACUCUGGAGCAGUGGAAACGUGUUCUCUGGAGUGAUGAAUCGCGCUUCACCAUCUGGCAGUCCGACGGACGAAUCUGGCUUUGGCGGAUGCCAGGAGAAAGCUAUCUGACCGAAUGCAUAGUGCCAACUGUAAAGUUUGGUGGAGGAGGAAUAAUGGUCUGGGGAUGUUUUUCAUGGUUCGGGUUAGGCCCCUUAGUUCCAGUGAAGGGAAAUCUUAACGCUACGGCGUACAAUGACAUUCUAGACGAUUCUGUGCUUCCAACUUUGUGGCAACAGUUUGGGGAAGGCCCUUUCCUGUUUCAGCAUGACAAUGGCGCAAUGCACAAAGUGAGGUCCAUACAAAAAUGGUUUACUGAGACCGGUGUGGAAGAACUUGACUGGCCUGCACAGAGCCCUGACCUCAACCCCAUCGAACACCUUUGGGAUGAAUUGGAACGCAGACUGCGAGCCAGGCCUAAUCGCCCAACAUCAGUGCCCGAUCUCACUAAUGCUCUUAUGGCUGAAUGGAAGCAGGUCCCCGCAGCAAUGUUCCAACAUCUAGUGGAAAGCCUUCCCAGAAGAGUAGAGGCUGUUAUAGCAGCAAAGGGGGGACCAACUCCCUAUUAAUAGCCAUGAUUUUUGGAAUUAUAUGUUCAAAGAGGAGUGUCCCCAUACAGGUGUCUACAUACUUUUGGUCAAGUAGUGUACACAUUUUUUUGGCAGGGGGGCUUAGAUCAACUCAAAUGUUGCAAAUUGAUUGUGGCUUCUAUCAGUGUAAAUAUCUGCAUCAUUUCCAAUCCCACAUAUAUUUUUUGGCUGUCUAUAUACAGUACCAGUCAAAGGUUUAGACACACUUACUCAUUCCAGAGUUUCUUUAUUUUUACUCUUUUCUACAUUGUAGUAUAAUAGUAUAGACUUCAAAACUUCGAAAUAACACAUAUGGAAUCAUCAAAAAAGUGUUAAACAAAUCAAAAUAUAUUUUAUAUUUGAGAUUUGUCAAAAGUAGCAACCCUUUGCCUUGAUGACAGCUUUUCACACUCUUGUCAUUCUCUCAACCAGCUUCAUGAGGAAGUCACCUGAAAUGCAUUUCAAUUAACAGGUGUGCCUUGAUAAAGUUAAUUUGUGGAAUUUAUUUCCUUCUUAAUGCGCUUGAGCCAAUCACUUGUGUUGUGACAAGGUCGGGGUGGUAUACAGAAGAUAGCCAAAUUUGGUAAAACACCAAGUCCAUAUUAUGGUAAGAACAGCUCAAAUAAGCAAAGAUGGACCAUAUUUACUUUAAGACACAAAGGUCAGUCAAUCCGGAAAAUGUCAAGAACUUUGAAUGUUUCUUUAAGUGCAGUCGCAAAAACCAUCAAGUGCUAUGAUGAAACUGGCUCUCAUGAGGACCGCCAUAGGAAAGGAAGACCCAGAGUUACCUCUGAUGCAGAGGAUAAGUUAAUUACAGUUACCAGCCGCAAAAAUCGGCAAUUAACUGCACCUCAGAUUGCAGCUCAAAUAAAUGCUUCACAGAGUUCAAGUAACAGACAUCUCAACAUCAACUGUUCAGAGGAGACUGUGUGAAUCAGGCAUUCAUGGUCAAACUGCUGCAAAGAAACCACUACUAAAGGACACCAGCUUGGGCCAAGAAACACAAGCAAUGGACAUAAGACCUUGGACAUCUGUCCUUUGGUCUGAUGAGUCCAAAUGUGAGAUUUUUGGUACCAACCGCUGUGUCUUUGUGAGACGCAGAGUAGGUGAACAGAUGAUCUCUGCAUGUGUGGUUCCCACCGUGACGCAUGGAGGACGAAGUGUGAUGGUGUGGGGGUGCUUUGCUGGUGACACUGAUUUAUUUAGAAUUCAAGGCACACUUAACUAGCAUGACUACAACAGCAUUCUUCAGCGAUACGCCAUCCCAUAUGGUUUCCGCUUAGUGGGACUAUCAUGUGUUUUUCAACAGGACAAUGAACCAACACACCUUCAGGCUGUGUAAAAGCUAAUUGACCAAUAAGGAGAGUGAUGGAGUGCUGCAUCAGAUGACCUGGCCUCCACAAUCACCCGACCUCAAACCAAUUGAGAUGGUUUGGGAUUUGUUGGACCGCAGAGUGAAGAAAAGCAGCCAACAAGUGCUCAGCAUAUGUGGGAACUCCUUCAAGACUGUUGGAAACGUAUUCCAGGUGACUACCUCAUGAAGCUGGUUGAGAGAAUACCAAUAGUGUGUAAAGCUGUCAAGGCAAAGGGUGUCAACUUUGAAAAAUAUAACAUAUUUUGAUUUGCUUAACACUUUUUGGUUACUACAUGAUUUCAUGUGUGUUAUUUCAUAGUUUUGAUGUCUUCACUAUUAUUCUACAAUGUAUAUAAUAGUAAAAAUAAAGAAAAACCCUUGAAUGAGUAGGUGUCCAAAAUUUUGAAAAUUGUGUGUGUAUCUAUAUAUAUCUAUAUAUCUAUAUAUAUAUAGUCCAUUUUAUUAUUUUCCCAUAACACUACCACCCCUCCCCUAAUUGGAUUCAACUAAUGGACAACAACACUUAGGCUUCUACUUCCAGCUUAUACAUACUGUACAAUUUAUGGACACAGUACAUUUUACUUAAGUUAUCUUGUUUUUUGUUAUGUUUAGUCCCACCCUUUAGCUCCUCUCAACCCCUCCCAUCUAUCUCUGAACACCAUCCAGUUUUGAUGUCUAUUUGCCAUAUAUUUUUCAGCUGUACUGUUUCACAAAAGUUUGGAACCUUUCUAUUGUCAUAGUUUCUACCGAUUGUAAAUUAAAUAUAAACAAUUUUGCUAAGA